CCUCGCAUUCUUAUACUUAGGAUAGUAUAGAUGAUCGCCAGGUUCGCGAGCUGAGUUGCAACCAUUUAUUGCCUUGAUAGUAUAUAAAGGAAGGGAGUUGAUCCAAGAGCGAGAUCUCUGGACAGUAUUGCAACACAUUAUCAAAGAACGUGGCACCAAACACAAUGGCACAGGAUAGCCAGUAUAACCAGCCCUAUUAUCCUCCAAACGAGUCACUCUUGCAACAAGACCCGAAUGCACAUUAUCAAACGCCUCCAGGAUACGUACUCGUUCCCAUUUCGCAGUUAGACUCACACCUCAAACCUCAAACCCAACCUCCUCCGACACAACCAUCUCAACCAUUACCCCCAUCGCCACAGCUGCCUCCGCGACCACUCACUCCCAAUGCCCACUCCGUGUCACAGCCAGCCCCAUCAUACCCUUCUCAGCACGUUCACAAUGCUCCUCAUACACCAGCUCUCAACGGCUCAGUUCCAUCAUUCCCGACACAAUCGCCAUUCGUGCUAAAUAUCCACCACAUCAACGACCAAGCAGAUCUCUUCCUUCCCCCAUCCGCCACACCUUCAGAUUCCGUUGGCUACGAAGCCACCUACCGAAAAAUGGAUUACACGGACCGCAAGAAUCCUCACACGACAGUCUACCAGCGCACACCAUCAAGCGUCCGAGGCCAAACACAAACCAGACUCGCCGGUAGCUGCAUCUAUCACCACUACUGGUCGAACCGACUCACCAUGAACAUGCCCUUCCUAAACGAACCAUGGGACUUCGAAGAAGCGUGGGUCUCGGACGUAGGGACUUGCGAAGGGAGGGCUCUGCAAUGGCGUCUUGGAGCAAAGGGCAAGAAGGCAUUCGUGCUAGAGUGCGCGGAGACGAAUAUGAAGGUUGUUUGUCGGGUUGUGAUGGAUACGAUGCGGAGCGGGAGUAUUAAUAUCAUGGUACCGUUUGAGAAUCAGAAGCAGAUGGAUGAGAUGGUUGUUGUGGCGGUGUGUUUCAUGCAGAGGUAUAGGAUUAAGGUUUGGAAGGACUCGAAGAGUUUAUUGAAGGAUGAGGAUUGGGAUACGUUGAAGAAGGUGAUGAAGGUUGCGAAUGGGGCUAUGAAUGCGGGUGGUGGGGGUUCGUAG